AUGAGUGGUUUCGGUAGAAUUUUGGUGUUAUAUGGCAGUCAGACGUUCACGGCGCAAGAAAUUGCAGAAAGAAUAUGGCGUACGACGAAAGCAUUAGGUUUUCGGGGACCCGUUCAGGCCAUGGAUGAUUAUCCGAUUUCGAAACUGAUUCAUGAGGAAUUUGCUAUAUUUGUGUGCGCUACGACGGGGCAGGGGGAUGAGCCUGAUAAUAUGAAAAACUUCUGGAAGUUUCUUUUGAGAAAAAAUUUGCCCGCGACUUCUUUAGUGAAGCUAAAGUUUGGUGUAGUAGGGUUAGGUGAUUCUUCCUAUUCGAAAUUCAAUUUUGUGGGAAAGAGACUUCAUAAGAGGCUGAUGCAGCUGGGAGCUACACCAUUGAUUGAUGUUGGUCUUUGUGACUACCAACAUGAUCUUGGCCACGAUGCAGUCUUAAUACCAUGGACUAAAGAUUACUUCUCUAAAUUAACAUUAUACUACCCGGACAUUGGAAUAGAAAAUUCUAAAAAUAAGUUCAUUCCUCGAUGGAAAGUAACUCUGAUAACAGCAAACCCUAUGGAAGGAAACAGGCUUAUUGACGAUAUAUAUUUUGGAAAGGGGUUGCAUGAUGGCUUUGUAGAUCCAUUGCUAUUACAAGUAGAAAAAAAUGUUAGAACCACAAGUGAAGAUCAUUUUCAGGAUGUAAGGCUGAUAACAUUAAAAUCAAAUGUUUCUCCACUGCACUAUAAACCAGGAGAUGUGUACAACAUUCGCCCGCGUAAUAGUCAGGAAGACGUGAAUGACUUAUUCAGCAUUUUUGAAGAACAUCAUAUUGAUAUCAAACCAUAUUACAGGCUUUUGGUAGAACAGUGCCACGAAGACAUGCCAGUCCCACAAUUCCUAUCAACACCACUAACACUCCACGAAAUAGCUGAACAAUACUGGGACCUUAAGGCUUACCCAACACAAUACGUCUUCUCUCUUCUCGCAUUGAUCUCUGAUGACAAGUUAGAGAGGGACAAAUGUAUAGAGCUCAGUUCACCUGAAGGGCAAGAGGACUGGUUGAACUAUUGUAGGAGACCCAGACGGACCAUUCUUGAGGUUCUGCACGACUUCCACAAAACUGCAACAAAAUUAACCAUCGAAGUUCUCUUCGAGCUGUUCUCUUCAAUCAAGCCGCGCUCCUUCUCAAUAGCCAGCACCAACAGUGUACAACAGGGACGGUGUUUAGACUUACUUGUAGCUGUCGUUAAAUAUUACAGCAAGUUGAAAAAACCUAGAUUGGGAUUAUGCUCAAAUUGGCUAAAGAGCUUGCAGCCAGGAGAUCGAGUCUACGGAUGGAUCAAGAAGGGGACGUUGGUCUUUCCUGAGGACAGUGUCACACCGCACAUCCUCAUAGGUCCUGGUACAGGCCUUGCCCCAUUAAGAAGUCUUCUCCAGGAACGCGUACAACAAAACACAGCGACUAAACACAAUAUGCAUUUAUUCUUUGGAUGCCGAUAUAGAAACAAGGACUUCCACUGUAGAGAAGAAUUAGAGGAGUAUGAAAAAGAAGAAAAAUUAUCACUGUAUUGCGCUUUUUCGAGGGAUCAAGAGAAUAAAGUUUACGUCCAACACAAAAUAGCUGAAAACGCCUCAACUCUAUGGCAUUUGAUAGUAACAGAAAACGCCUACAUCUUUCUCUCUGGGAACGCAAAGAACAUGCCUGACAAUGUCCGUGACGCAUUUGUUGAAGAUGUUUUCUGUAAGAUUGGUGGACUUAGUAAAAUUGAUGGGAAGAGCAUGUUGCAGAGUUUGGAGAACUGUAAUCGAAUGCAGGUGGAAACUUGGUGACGGUGGAGACUUUUGUAUCAAAGGAAUAUUUUUAGGGUAGAUAGAAUGAUAGUUAAAAAUUAUUCGCUACACAUUACAGGGUACAAGUAGUGACUGAUGAGAAUGUAAUUUAUAUUAAGAAGAAUACUGAUUUUUCAUGUAAAAUAGUGAUGGACAUAACAUUAAUACGAGGAAUAAACAUAAACUAGCUGUUCUUAGGGGUCGUUUUCACAAAGUUAAAAAAUCAUUUAAGGGGCACUGCUAUAAUAAGAUUUCGGUUAAUAUUCAGAAUUUGCCGGAUAAUAUAAUUACACCACAGCUUCUGUAUGCUUUGAUGACAUUCUCUAGCCCUUUCAGUUGUUUCUACCAAAGAUAGUUUUAAGUAUUUUAGAUAACAUGAACUAUAGUCUGUCUUUUUUGGUAACGCUUAUUCAGCCCAUUAUUCGUCCGUUUGCUGGCCACAGGUUCAUUUGAAUUGUCAAUCUUUGUAAGUUCAUACAUACAUACACUGCAUUUAGAACUAAGUCUAUUAAAAUAUAAAGAGGAGACAUAUUUUAAAGUUUUUCAAUUUUUAAAGA